AUGAGUGAAUCGACCUCUGAAAACAAUCCAAAAGCAUUUGGAGUGUCAGUUUCGCAGGAGCAGAUCUCUGUAACUUCUAACGAAAGACCACGUUCUAAGUUCAAGCGGGUCUUGGACAAACUGCAAAUUAAAGGUACAAAAGAGUUGUCGUUCUCGCAGUUAUUCUUGUACAACUAUGAUCUUAAGCCAGUUGAAGAAAAGAGAAGAACCUGGGGAUUCUUGAACUUUGUCUGUUUCUGGCUUGCCGAUUCGUUUAACGUUAAUACCUGGCAGAUUGCGGCAACAGGCGUAGAGGCAGGUAUGAAUUGUUGGAUGACUUGGCUAACAGUGUGGCUUGGUUACGGAUUUGUUGCUGGAUUUAUUGUCUUGAGUUCGAGAGUCGGAACAUAUUACCAUACAUCAUUCCCAGUGAGUUGCCGAAGCUCUUUUGGUAUCUGGGGAUCUCUUUGGCCUGUUAUUAACAGAGUGGUGAUGGCUUGUGUCUGGUUUGGAGUUCAAAGUUCAAUUGGUGGCAACUGUGUGCAGUUGAUGCUUAAAGCCAUAUUUGGAAAUGACUUGGACACGCGUAUCAAAGAUACCAUUCACUCCGAUGCAAUUGAUUCGUUUGGAUUACUUUCCUUCUUUGUUUUCUGGAUAUGCCAGCUACCUUUCAUCUACUUGCAUCCACACAAUGUGAGACAUUUAUUCACAGCCAAGGCCAUUGUUUGUCCAAUUGCUGGUUUUGCAUUCUUAAUCUGGACCAUGGUUAAGGCAGGCGGUGCAGGACCAGUGGUUAGACAGCCGGCCACCAUUCAUGGUUCAGCAUAUGCUUGGGCAUUCAUUAAUUCUACGAUGAACGCACUUUCUAACUUUGCAACCCUUAUUGUGAACGAGCCUGACUUUACUAGGAUGGCCAGAAAGCCAAGUGCUGCAUUGUGGUCUCAGUUCAUUUCCAUCCCUAUAUUUUUCUCCGUGACAUGCCUUAUCGGAAUUUUAGUGUCAUCAGCUUCACAUUUGCUAUACGGAGAAACAUACUGGGAUCCUUUGGACGUCUUGACUCGGUUCUUGGAUCACGAGAAAAGCGGUUCAAGAGCAGGUGUUUUCUUUAUUGCUCUUGGUUUUGCUUUAGCUCAAGUGGGAACAAACAUUUCAGCAAACUCUAUUUCAGCAGGAACUGACAUGACAGCAUUGUUCCCAAAGUUCAUCAACAUUAGAAGAGGAGGAUUUAUCUGUGCUAUAAUUGGAAUGGCCAUCUGCCCAUGGAAUCUCUUGACCAGUAGCUCAAUGUUCACCACAUACUUGUCUGCCUAUGCAGUCUUCCUCUCCUCUAUUGCAGGUGUCGUGUUCUGUGAUUACUACAUUCUCAAAAAGGGUUUCCUCAAAUUGCGGGAUCUAUACAUUGCCGACAACUCUAGUGCAUAUUACUACUGGCAUGGCAUAAAUCUUAGAGCCUUUACUGCUUAUAUAUGCGGUAUCCUACCUAAUAUUGUGGGUUUUGUUGGUGCUACCAAGACUCAUACUGUUCCAAUUGGUGCAACUCGUGUUUAUGAGCUCUCCUUCUUUACUGGAUAUAUUCCAGCCGCCUUGACUUUGGUCGUGAUCAACUUGAUAUGGCCUUCUAAGGGGAUACCGGGCAAGAUAUUGGAGAAGAAGUGGCUUGAGGAGUGGCAGAAUGUUGAAGAGUUUGGUGAAUUCUUUGCUCAUAGACGUGGAGAUCUUGAGCCAAAGGAAACUGAUCCACGAGAAGACUUUAUAGUGAGCUAA